AUUACCGGUGGAGCAGAUAGUGCAGCACUCGUCUAGUGGGGGCAAGGUCGCCGGCUUCAGGCCGCCGGAUUCAGGUCCGUCGUAGAAGCCGAAGCUUUGGCUAUGGCGGCCUCGACGUCCGGUGUAGCCCGGCUGUCCCUCGCGGCUUCUGGAUCGUCCCUGUUGUCGCCAUCUGUGGCCUCCGUGUCAUCGUCCUCCUCCUCUUGCAAGCGCACUUGCCCGCUCUGUUGCAGCACAUUUCCCUCCUCUUCCUCGCCCGACGCUACCUCACACUCGGCGAAGGCCGCUUUUCUGCGCGGCCUCGACGGCUUCAAUGGCCUGCGCAGGCUGGUAUCUUAUCCCGGUGCCCGCCAGUCUUCGGCGGGGCCAAGCGCCGCUGCCUUCGACCAGAUCGCGAUCGAACGGCAGAUUGAGCAGUUGCCCGCAUUGCAAUGGGGUCGCAGAGGCGUUGUAACCUGUCAGGCUGGUAUGAAGCUGGUUUUCACCUCAUCAGAAGUCGCGCCAUGGAGCAAGACUGGCGGGCUCGGUGACGUCUUAGGUGGCCUCCCUCCUGCCCUCGCGGCCCGUGGCCAUCGAGUGAUGACCGUUUCUCCUCGCUAUGAUCAGUACAAGGACGCCUGGGACACCGAAGUCACUGCGGAGGUGAAGAUGGGAGAUCAGGUGGAGACUGUGAGGUUCUUUCACUGUCAUAAAAGGGGAGUUGAUCGAGUUUUCGUCGACCAUCCAUGCUUCCUCGCAAAGGUCUGGGGGAAAACCGGCGCCAAGAUCUAUGGUGAGACUACUGGUGUUGAUUAUACGGAUAAUCAAUUGCGCUUCAGUCUUUUUAGUCAGGCUGCGAUCGAAGCGGCUCGAGUUUUGAACCUCAACAAUAAUCCUUACUUCCAAGGGCCUUAUGGCGAGGAUGUGAUCUUCAUUGCCAAUGAUUGGCACAGCGCUCUUCUCCCUUGUUACCUGAGGAGCGUUUACAGACCUCGUGGUGAAUUCAUGGACGCCAAGGUUGCUUUUUGUGUACAUAAUAUUGCUUAUCAAGGGCGAUUUCCGCCGGGAGAUUUUGACAUACUGAAUCUUGGAGAGGAGCUUCGACCUUCCUUCAACUUCUGGGAUGGGUACGAAAAACCUGUGGUUGGUGCGAAGAUCAACUGGAUGAAAGCCGGUUUUGAGGAGUCGGAUAUGCUUCUGACAGUCAGCCCCAACUAUGCCGCAGAACUUGUCUCUGGUGACGACAAGGGUGUGGAACUGAAUGACGUUGUUGAGAGGAAGGGUAUCACCGGAAUUGUUAAUGGGAUGGACGUGCAGGAGUGGGACCCCUCCUCGGACAGAUACCUGGAUAUUAAUUACGACAUUUCAAACGUCCUCGAGGUAAAGCCAGGACUGAAGGAGCUUCUACAAGCAGAGGUUGGACUUCCAGUGAGAGCAGAUAUCCCAUUGUUUGCCUUCAUCGGGAGGCUAGAGGAGCAGAAAGGUUCAGAUUUGCUCUGUGCUGCCGUCCCGGAGCUCAUGCAGGAGGAUCUGCAACUGGUUGUGUUGGGAACGGGGAAAAAGAAGUUUGAAACAGAAUUGGAGAGCUUGGAGAACGAGUUCCCUGAUAAGUUCCGCGCAGUAUGCAAGUUUAAUGUGCCUCUGGCGCAUCUGAUCACUGCAGGAGCGGACUUCAUGGUUGUCCCGAGCAGAUUCGAGCCAUGCGGACUCAUUCAGCUGCACGCUAUGAGAUAUGGCACGGUGCCGAUUGUUGCCGCGACAGGAGGACUCGUUGACACUGUGAGGGAAGGAAUCACAGGCUUCCGCAUGGGGAGCUCUGCAUUUAAUGUGCGGUGCGACCGAAUUGAUCCUGCGGAUGUCACCAAGGUGGUGGCAGGAGUGAAGAAAGCAUCCAAGGUUUAUGGCACACCGGCACUUGAAUCCAUGAUCCUGGCAGGCAUGGCGCAAGACUUGUCUUGGAAGGAGCCGGCACGGAAAUGGGAAGAGGCAUUGCUGAAAUUGCAAGUAGUUAACACAAAACCUGGAAUUGAUGCUGAAGAGAUCGCUCCCAAGGCAUUGGAGAAUAUCGCAACGCCAUGAAAAUUUCUACCAACUCAUUUGUCCAAGACCUGGAAAUAUCAAAUGGUGUGCUAACUUGUCAAGUAAGCUUCUCGAGGAUCCUGUCUUCGAUCAUGUCUUCGCCACUGGCUCUUAUUCCUAUUCCUUUUGACCGUGUCACAGUCGACUGCUCGAUGCAAUUGUUGCGUUUAGGUUUGCAUGCAGAUCGCGGCAGAUAGAGGAGAGAGCUUGAGAGAUCUUCAUCUUGUGCAACAGGAUCAUAAGGUAGAGUGAUAUGUCCCAGACAUCCAUCCAACCAGGUUUUUUUUCUGAAGCCACAGUCGUUGGAAAGGACAGGGUCCAAUUUCCCAUUCGCCAGGGAGAAGAUUGCUACCUUGUAUGCUUUACCUGCCUGUACCUAGUUGGCGUGCGUGCGCAGGGAAUUAAGACAUUGGUUGUGCAAGCUAGUGGAUUGUUAAGCGAGUGCCACACUCAUUUACGCUAUUGUAUUGUUAAGUUAAUGCCGCCUCCGUCUGCUUCUCUCAAGACCUGCUGUUUCAAAUAUAGGAACCGCAUCCUCAUCCUCCCAUAUAGGUUGUUGGCUCAUCCAGUGAAGAACAUGUCUUCACAUAUAGAAAGAGCAAGCGAUGAGAGCGGUGGACCAGAGAGUUCUAUCACAAAGCCAUUGGAUAGUUGGCGAGGUGGGAUCGUUAUCAUCCAGCGUGAUGUAGAAACGUGUUUUGUGAGUUGGGUGAUGAAGAGGGUGUGAUCAUUAUUAGUCUGUGUUGUAGAACUAUGUUUUGCGUAGUUCAUUUAGCUAUCUAUUUGACCUUCUCACUGUGCAGUGUGCAGGCCAAUUCCUAUUCUUCUUAUUUCUUCAAAGUUCAGACUAUAGUAAACUGGUCUGAGCUGUCACCCCUCCACAGAAGCUGCUGGUGAAUGACGCUAGACGUGAUGUAUGUCAUCACUGAGGUUGUCAUUCACCUUCUCCAGGUUGCUGUUCUGUUGUCCACAUUUCUUUAUUCUUAGGGCAGGAAAAGGGAACAGUUUGUUCCCGCUAACUUACUUAUCUUAAUAAACGUUCUUCCGGGAG